AUGGCUUUUGGGACCAAAUUGCAAAUCUUGUUUGGCCCAAACAUCCACAUUUUCAAACACCACCAAAGUACAAGGACCAUCAAUGUAAAUCACCCACACACUAGAUGGACCACCUGUCAUACAGUUUUCAAAUCCCGUAGAUCCAACGGUUGUGAUCCACCUGUAAAUCACCCACACAUUAGUGGUGUUUAUCAGUUCUCGGUGGUUAAGAAGCUCCGGCUUCUUAAAUCUCCUCUUCGUGUCUUACUGUUUCAGCAAGGUAAUCUCCAUAAAAAAGUUCAAGUAUUACGUGAGAAGUUGGAUAGUAUUCAGCGUGAUAUUGAUCUUGAUCCGUCGAGUGAUACUUUACGGAAAGAGGAAGCCAUUGUCCGUAAUGAUUUUCAGGUUGCUUUGCUUGAUGAAGAACGUUUUUUGAAGCAGAAAUCCAAGGUAGAGUGGUUAGCGGCAGGUGACAUGAAUACGGCUUUUUUCCACUCGUCUCUCAAAAAUAGAAUCCAUUAUAGCCGUAUCGAUGUUAUUCGGGAUGCUAGUGGGAAUCUUCAUGAAAAUGCUAUGGUUCAGAAAGCGUUUGUUGAGCAUUACGAGAAGUUUCUGGGAUCCCCGGGUGUUACGUCUCUCAACCCGUCUCCUGAGUUAUUUACUAAAACGAUUAAGAGGGAUAUAGCUCUUCAUAUGGUUCGGCCAGUCACAGCGGAAGAGGUUAGAAAGGCUAUGUUUUCUAUGGGGUCGGAUAAAGCCCCGGGGCCAGAUGCGUAUACAGCAGGAUUUUUUAAAGGAGCCUGGCCGAUUAUCGGUAGUGAAGUGUCCAAUGCGGUUAUUGAUUUUUUUGCCACAGGUAAGCUUCUUCGGGAAUUAAACCACACGCUCAUUGUUCUUAUCCCUAAGAUUCCCUCUCCGUCGGUUGUUACGGAUUAUAGGCCGAUUGCCUGUUGCAAUGUGUUAUACAAAUGUAUUAGCAAGAUUAUUGCUGAAAGAAUAAAAGUGGCGUUGAACGAUAUAGUCAGUGGAAACCAAUCGGCGUUUGUGCCGGGGAGGAAAAUAUCCGAUAAUAUCUUAUUAACUCAAGAGUUGAUGCACAAUUAUCAUAGGAAUAUCGGGCCUCCUAAAUGUGCGUUUAAAGUUGAUAUUCAGAAGGCUUAUGACACUGUUGAUUGGCGGUUCUUAAAGAGAAUUCUGGUUGGUUUCGGGUUUCAUCCUACCAUGGUUCACUGGAUUAUGGUUUGUGUCUCUACUACCACGUUUUUAGUGUGCAUUAACGGUGAUGUGCAUGGUUUUUUCAAGGGUAAUCGGGGGCUUAGGCAAGGAGAUCCUAUUUCGCCGUAUUUGUUCACCCUAGUUAUGGAGGUUCUCACGGCUAUUUUACAGCAUACGGUAAGGAUCGACUCUUCCUUUAAAUUUCACAACAAAUGUGAACGACAACAGAUUAUUAAUCUUUGUUUUGCGGAUGACCUCUUUAUUUUUUCUCGGGGUGAGAUUGCUUCAGCCAGAUGCAUUAUGAAUUCGCUCAAUUCGUUUACGAAGAUGUCAGGUUUGCUCCCUAGUGUUAACAAAAGCACAGUCUUCUUCUCUAAUGUGCCUUCGUUUGUUAAAACGGCUAUUUUAAACAUUAUGCCUUUCGCGGAGGGUUCUUUGCCAGUUAGAUAUUUGGGUGUGCCUCUCAUAUCUACUCGAUUACUCUAUAAAGAUUGUGAUGUGUUGGUGGAGAAGUUUGAAAAGCGUAUUAUGCACUGGCAAAAUAAAUUACUUUCUUUUGCGGGCAGGUUGCAACUCAUAAUAUCAGUCUUGUCCUCUUUGCAUGUGUACUGGUCUUCUGUGUUUAUUCUGCCAUCUCGGGUAAUCCUUAAGUUAGAAGCGCUGUUGAGGAACUUUUUAUGGUCCCAAGAUAGUGCUUUUCAGAAGGGUCGGGCUAAAGUUUCUUGGAAUUCGGUGUGUGUUCCUAAAUAUGAAGGAGGUUUAGGUAUACGUCGAAUUGGUGAUGUUAAUAAAGCUCUUAUGUCUUCUCAUAUCUGGAGUAUUCUUUCUAGGCGUAACUCGUUAUGGGUAGAGUGGAUUCAUUCUUACAGGUUGAAGGGUAAAAGUUUCUGGGCUUGUAAUGUUCCCUCUAAUUGUUGCUGGUCGUGGAGGAAGAUUCUUCAAACUCGACAGGAUGUGAGGAAUUUUGUUUGGUCCGAGGUGGGUAACGGCGCGAAAACUUCAGCUUGGUUUGAUUCGUGGAGUCAUUUAGGGCCGCUGAAUCAGAUUAUUUCUCCUAGAGCUAUUGCAAAUGCAGGUUUCAAUAUGGAUUUUAAAUUUUCUGAUAUUUAUUCUAAUUGUACUUGGAGAUGGCCAGAUGCGUGGAGAGACACUUUUCCUGUUCUUAUCCAACUUGAUCAGCUGACAUUUGAUUCGAACAAGGAAGAUAAACUUUUGUGGCGUUCAGGUGAUCAGUUUCGUGAGUUCUCUUCGGCUGGGGUUUGGGAUUCUAUCAGGCACCGUCAAUUGGAUGUUGAGUGGUGUCCUAUUGUUUGGUUCUCGCAGUGCAUUCCGCGACAUGCGUUUUUAAUGUGGUUAAUCAUGAGGCGUAAGCUGCUUACCCAGGAUAAGAUUCUGAAGUGGGAUUUUUCGCGUCGUAAGAAUAUGAAUAUGAUGUGCUGUCUGCUAUGUUAUGCUGAUCAUGAUUCUCAUAAUCAUUUGUUCUUUGAAUGCAAAUUCUCUACUCGAGUUUGGCAGGGUGUUAGACAUAAAGUGGGAAUGGAUUCAGUCCAAGCGAAGUGGGUGGAUAUCGUUGACUGGCUUUUAGUGCGGUCCAAGUCCAAAUCUGUAGUCAACUACGUUGCUAGAUUAUUAGUAGCGGCCAGUGCUUAUUUGAUUUGGCAGGAACGGAAUGCGAGAAUGUUCAAGAACCAAUUGAGACCUCCUGAAACUAUAAGUGCUCUUAUUAUCCAACAGGUUCGAUACAAAUUAAUGGGUGCGAAGCUAAAAGAUUGUGCGAAUGUGCGAAGGCUGUUAGGCGAUUGGGAGAUUGUUAGCUCUGAGCUCACGAAUGGUGAUGGCUGA